CCAGCCGGGACAAGGAGCCCGUGUUCGAGGUGACGGGCAUGCCUGAGAACGUGGACCGUGCUCGGGAGGAGAUCGAGGCCCACAUCACCAUGCGGACUGGUGGCCUCAUUGAGCUCCAGGACGAGAACGACUUCCAUGCCAAUGGCACGGACGUCGGGUUUGACAUUCAUGGCCACCCCACCCUAUGGUCCAAGCCCAGUAACCCGCAGAGUGCUGCCACCACGUCYGSACGCAAACCGUUCUCCAACUACCGCAACGACUCCUCAUCCUCUCUGGGCAGCGCGUCCACAGACUCCUACUUCGGCACCAACAGCGGCUCGCGCAUGGCGGACUACAGCCCCCCCUCCCCGGCGCUCAGCUACACCGCCAGCAACGGCAACAACAACAACAACAACCUGAACAUCAACACCAACGGGAAUGGCUUUGUUUAUGGUGGCGACGUCAUCUCGCCCGACUGCACUGACAUGACCUUCAGCGACACCUCGCCUGGGUUCAACCCCACGCCGGCCCCGCCCGGCCUCCUCUGGUCCCAGUACGAGCGGGGGAUGACUCCCUCCUCCUCAUCCUCCAGCUCCCCUACCUCCACRUCCUCUGCCAUCUACCCAUCAGCCAAUGCUUCCACGAACGCCAACGGGAUGGUGACGAGCCAGAGGAGGAUGAACGGCGGCUGUACCCCCCAGCCCCGCCUGUCCCCACCCCUCCAAAACAACCACGCRGGAGGACCCACCGAUCACCCCCUGGCCCGGAGAGUCCGCAGCGACCCAGGAGGAGGCCCCCGGUGCUUCCACGGGUACCCCAGCUCCAACGGCAUGGCCUCUCUGCCCGGGCCCCAUCUCRCCGGGGUGCCCUGCGACUCCUCAGCCUCCUCUUCAUCCUCUUCCUCCUCCACCAGCCGAAAGGGCAGCCGCGACUGCUCCUUGUGCUUUGAGAGCGAAGUAAUUGCAGCUCUGGUGCCCUGUGGCCACAACCUGUUCUGUAUGGAGUGUGCCAACCGCAUCUGCCAGAGGAGUGAGCCCAAAUGCCCCGUGUGCCACACAGGGGUCACUCAGGCCAUACGUAUAUUUUCAUAAGACGUUGCCUCUAUGACUCUAUGAUUACCAAGAUGAACAUUGAUUACCAAGAUGACCAAGUCUUUCUUGACUGACAAUAUUACCAAGAUGACUGGGUCUUGACUACGAUAGCAACAACCACAACUAAAACAAGACUCUUGUUCUGCUUGAAAGGAUCCUAUACCGUAUUGUAUGGGGAUAUAUGUUUGUGUAUAUACAUAUGUAUGUAUAGGAAAGCUGCAGUAUCCAAAAAAGGGAUAGACAACCCUCAUCAGMGCUCCGUCGGAAUAGUUUAUAACUUACUGUAGCMUGAGGGAGAAAGAUAUUUUCAACAUCUACAAAUGCAUGUUUAAAAUACUCCAGCAUAGUAUUUAGUAGUCYUAGUAAUGAAUUGUACACAACAUUUAUGAAGUUAGGAGAAAGGCAGAAAGGUCUUGGACUGAGGUACUUAAGAGUCGUUUGGUCAGACUGUUAGCAGAGAAAAACCUUCCAGUUUCCCUGAUCGAAUGUCAGYGGGAGACAAGUUUGUCAGGACAUCGACUUCUUAAGUUCUUGUAAGGUGAAGAUACUGCAGUUUAWGGRCAGCCAACCAUGUGAGGGAGUACAACAGCAUAUCCUGCUUAUAUAUGUAUAGAAUGGGAAAAUAUUCCACGUCGYUGAACAAGUUGUAAUAUUAAUUACGUUAAUACAGAUUGAAGUAUGUUAUUCUUUUUUGACUUGAAAGAUUAUAUUUCGUAUUGCAAAGAUGUUUACAGAUAUUUUUUAUUUAAGUUCAGUGAACUUUUUUUGUAGCUGGGUUCAAAUAUUGUUUAUUUUUUAGUAUGACCUUAUGGCAAUGAUCACUGUAUUAUUUUAAUAUCACACAGACUGUGGGAGGAAAUACAAGAACCACAAGGAUGUGUAUUUACAUUUGACAGUAUUCUGUUGGGAUGGAGUUUUUAUAGGUUCAGAAAAGAAUGUCUUUUAAAUCGCUUCACCCAGCAUAUUUUCUAUUCAGUAAUAUAAAGCAUAUUUUAUUCUAUAUUAUUACGAAAUGUUGAAAUGUAUAAAACUUAGUAAGUCAAACAAAAAAGAACAAAAAAACGUUUAUGCUUUCUAAAAAUUUGUAUGAAUUAGAUUCCAGUGGGACUUACAGACUUCUGUUGCACCACUAUAGUUUUAAUAUUUCUAUUUUAAUACAUUUGUUUACCACUUGUUUAUGUAUAUGUAGGUGCUGUUACUUGAGUGUAAAUGUACUUUAUUGAGCAAAGUUUAAGAACAAAGUAUAUUUUAUUUUAUGAUAAAGGGCCUUUAACCUCGCGUCAAAUACUAAUGUUAUAUUUGCAGAGACAAGAUUUGAAAAUGUAUCGAGAGUUUUAUUUUUCUGACAGUUCUACAUGAUAAAGUAAAACUUAAGUAACGGUGCUACUUUGUUUAGAAAAAUUAUUUCUAUAUAAGUCCAAUAAAAAAAACAAGGGUACAAUUCAUGA